AUGUACGCGCAAGGGAUGGGCUACCGAGGGCCCCCGGCAGCGCAAACAGCAACCUUCGACGCACCGUCCAACAAGGCUGGCAGUCAAGCGUACAACGAGGACGCGUUACCCGCCAUGCCGAGCUGGAGCCACGCGACAGACAAACACGUCAUGGCCGAAGAAGCAGAAGACGAAGACGUGGAGAUGGAGAAACUGAAUCACCCCGAUUCGCAAGAGCAGCGUCUCCUCCCACAACAACAGCAGCAGCAGCAGCAGCAACAUGGUUACGCUCAACAGCCCGCCUACUCCCGCCAGCAAGACGUUGGUGGAGAUCUAGGCGCCAUGAGCGCAAACCCCUACCACGACUACGACCAGCACCAACAAUUCGUCUCCUCGCCCACGUCGACGGCGCGACAUUCAGAGUACCCGCCUACGUACCACACGAGGAGUCCGACGUCGACUGUGUAUGAGCCCGCUGCGAGAGCGCAGUGGGGUCAAGGGUAUGCGGCGAGUAUUCCGCCUUCGUAUCGGACGAGGCCGGAUAGUGUGGCGAGUCGAUUUCCUCCCCCGCAGCAGCAGCAGCAGGGUACGGGCGGCAUCGCCAGGAAGCCUGUGCAGGGGAGUUGGCGUGAUGUGUAA